UUUAACCGUUAAAUAACUUGUUAACGAAAUUGUAAUUAACAAAAAUGGUAGCGUUUUUACAAUAAAUUAUUUUUGUGUAUGUUUUAUGAAAUUAUCCAUUGGACGCUAAAUAUUAAAAUCAUUUGAAUUUUGACAGUUGUGACUGCGCGCUGUAAGUUAGGUUAUGUAUUAGUUGUUAGUUUGACACUCUUAUCUUAUAUUUGUUUAAUAAUUAAUUAGAAACAAUAUCCCAAUGGUUUCAAUGGAGUUAGACAGCGUUCUAACACUCUCGCAGGUCAAGAAAAAAAUCAGGGAGUACGAAGAAUUUGUUGAGCAUAAACUAAAAAACGAUCUUAAAGAAAUUGAAACGGUGUUAAAUCAGAAAGUUCGGAAGUAUGAAGAAUGGGAAGAAGUCAAGGAAGUCAUCCAAACCAUAGACGAAUUCAGUGAAAAAGAUCGCGACAUGAAGCUGAAAGUUGACAUAGGAAAUGGUAUAUAUGCAAUGGGUGAAAUAACAGACUUUGAAAACACUUAUGUGUCCAUUGGUUUGGGCUAUUUGUUAGAGAUGAACAGUCAUGAAGCUAAUAAAUAUUCGGAAAUUAGAAAAAAUGGGUUGAAAAGGGAGAUUGACCAUUAUCGUAAGCUGGCAGUGCAAGUUAACGUACAUAUUAAAUUAACAUUACUUGCUAUUAAUGAGCUACAGUCAUUUUUAAGGUUAACUAAAAAGCCAGACAAAAGACUUAAAAAUCAGUGUUAAGUAAAAGAAAAUAUGAAGUUACCUAAUGUGUAUAAUGUCCUUAAUUGGAAAGUGAUAUAUUUAAAACAUAUUAUAUAUGUAUAAAAACUAAUAAUAAAAACUAAUCUUGUAA